GUUACACAAGUCAGGUAGCCAAUAUCAGGACACUACACAAUAAAGCCAGGGUUAAACUCAGGUAUCACCGGCUGGGCCAUCUGCAGGAACUGAAACCCUAUAAAACCCAAAACGCUAAUCACUCCCACACCCACAUUCUCUUUACUUGCAGCAGAACAGCGAAAAUGGAGCCAUGGCUAUCCACUUCAGCUUCUCAAAUGCAACUAGCAUUAGCAGCACUCUUCGGCGCUUCAGUUAUGGCUAUAUCCGCCUUCUACCUCCACAAGCGCAGCGUCGACGAGGUUCUCGAACGGCUCGUCAAGCUCCGGCGAAAACGUCACCACACUUUCUCUGCUUCCGAUUCCGAAACCGAAGAUUUUGGUAUUUAUGAAGAUGAUGAGAUUGAUAACGUUAGCACUAGGAAUGUUUACAGCUCUAACUUAUCGAAGGAGCCGAUUGAUAACGCUGAUGAUGAUGAUGAUUGUUAUGAUGAUAAUGUGUUGCGAAGUUACAGAGUAUCGUCGUCGAUGCCUAAUGUGCGUGUAUCAAAUCAGUGGAUGGAUGAGGAAUCGAGUUUCGAUAGGACAGUCCAGUGUGCUGAUAAGAAGCCAUCCUCCAAUUCGGUGGAGAAUCCCAGUUUGAUUCUUUCGAGUGGUGAUGAAAGAUUUGUGCGCGUGGAAUCAGUUGUGAAGCCAAUGACUCCAAAAUUUUCAAGUGAUUGUGCAUUUGAAAGUGUUGACAACUCUAAUGAGGACAAAGGCGAGUCUGCUGCUGCCGAGGAUGCUGUUUUCUCCUAUGACAAUGAUAUCAGUCCAACAGAGGAAGAAUUUUCUAUCUCUGCCUUAAAGGCUGAAAGUCGUAUUCAUCUUCAGCAUAUAGCAGUUGCACCUGAGGCAAGAUCGAACAUAGAUCAUGAAGUUGGAGAGGCAGACAGAGCCUCUAUGCACAUUGUUGAGAAUGAUUCCAGUUUCUUCAACAGCAUUUUGCCCCUGCCGACUGCAGCACAUGAUCCUAUGAAUGUUGAAGAGGAAGAAGUACUGAAGAUGAUUCGUGAAUGUUUAGAUUUGAGAGACAAGUAUGUUUUCAGGGAAGAAAUUGCUCCAUGGAUGAAAGAGAAUAUGAGCGACUCAAAAGUGUCAGAUAAGAAACAUGAUCCAUUUAGCUUUGCCCAAUUUGAAGCAACUUCUCACCAUUUUAAGAUGGAAGACGGAGUUGUACGUGUUUAUGCCACUGAAAAUGAUACUGAAGAGCUCUUCCCUGUUGCUAGCUCAACAACAUUUUUCACUGAUAUGCACCAACUCCUCAAAGUAAUGGCUGUAGGAAAUGUUCGUUCUUACUGUCACCAUCGUUUGCGAUUUCUCGAGGAGAAAUUUCGCCUCCAUUUGUUAGUAAAUGCUGAUCGGGAAUUUCUAGCUCAAAAAAGUGCACCUCAUCGUGAUUUCUACAACAUCAGAAAGGUUGAUACCCAUGUGCAUCAUUCUGCUUGCAUGAAUCAGAAGCAUCUUCUGCGGUUCAUCAAGUCAAAACUGAGAAAAGAACCUGACGAGGUAGUCAUAUUCCGGGAUGGACAGUAUCUUACGCUGAAGGAAGUUUUUGAAAGUUUAGACUUGACAGGGUAUGAUCUUAAUGUUGAUCUUCUGGAUGUACAUGCUGAUAAGAGUACAUUUCACCGGUUUGACAAAUUCAAUCUUAAAUAUAAUCCUUGUGGACAAAGCAGACUCAGAGAAAUCUUUCUAAAGCAAGACAACCUUAUCCAAGGGCGCUUCUUGGCUGAAGUCACGAAGGAAGUUUUGCAAGAUCUUGAAGCAAGCAAAUACCAGUUGGCUGAAUACAGAAUCUCCGUCUAUGGAAGAAAACAAAGUGAAUGGGAUACAUUGGCUAGCUGGUUUGUAAACAAUGAACUUUAUAGCCAAAAUGCUGUAUGGUUGAUUCAGCUCCCACGGUUAUACAAUGUGUACAGGAGUAUGGGAACUUGCACGUCCUUCCAGAACAUUCUAGAUAAUGUGUUCAUUCCACUAUUUGAAGUCACAGUUGAUCCAAAGUCUCAUCCUCAUUUGCAUCUGUUCUUAAUGCAGGUAGUAGGUUUUGACAUGGUUGAUGAUGAAAGUAAACCAGAGAGACGUCCUACCAAGCAUAUGCCAAAGCCAGAUGAAUGGACAAAUCAGUUCAAUCCAGCAUUUUCUUAUUAUGCGUAUUACUGUUAUGCAAACUUGUAUACACUUAACAAGCUUCGUGAAUCAAAAGGAUUGCCAACAAUCAGAUUCAGACCACACUGUGGGGAGGCGGGUGAUAUUGAUCAUUUAGCUGCUGGAUUUCUUUUAUGUCAUAACAUUUCUCAUGGCAUCAAUCUGCGGAAGACCCCUGUACUGCAUUAUCUUUACUACCUCGCACAGGUUGGACUGGCGAUGUCUCCCUUGAGCAAUAAUUCGCUUUUCCUUGAUUAUAAUCGGAACCCAUUCCUUAUGUUCUUCCACCGUGGCAUGAAUGUCUCACUCUCUACUGAUGAUCCCUUGCAAAUCCACUUGACAAAAGAGCCUCUUGUGGAAGAAUACAGUGUUGCAGCUAAGGUAUGGAAACUGAGUUCUUGUGACCUUUGUGAGAUAGCUAGGAAUUCUGUCUAUCAGUCAGGGUUCAAGCAUGCAGACAAGUCACACUGGCUUGGCGGUAAAUACUAUAAGAGAGGACCUCAAGGAAACGAUAUUCACAAGACCAAUGUACCCAAUAUGAGGAUUUCCUUCAGACAUGAGACGUGGAAGGAAGAGAUGCAGUAUGUUUACAGAGGAAAAGCAAUCCUUCCUGAAGAUGUAGAACAUUGAUCAAAAUCUUAUCAGUGAUCUGCAUCUCGCUGGGGCACUUCAUGAUUCAGAUAGCCAGAAAUGAGGUUCUGCAAUGGCAUGGUUUAGAGCAAUGAAGAUACGGUUCCAUUUAACGAUUGCUGGUUGAUUCAUACUUCGGCUAGAAGCAUAUUUUCUUUUGCGAGUCCAGUCUUGUUAUAUCAGCAUGGUGCAAAUUUAGUGCCUUCAUUUCUAGUUCUAUUAAUCCUCCACUUCGAGGUUUAGCAGAUCAAAAGAAUGUAGUAACAGACAGCUUAAAUGUUGUUCGAAUUGCAAAGUAGUUGGCAUUUUGCUGCCAUGAUCUUUUAGUAAUCUCAGGCUUAUACUAGCUGAAGCAACCUUUAUCCAAUAAAAUCAUAUUGAACCAUCA